ACCGACGCUCGCCCGGUCGCCGCCGGUUGCCUGGUCGACACUCGCUGUGAAGCUCGCCUCCGGUCCCCUGGUCGACGCUUGCUGCGAAGCUCGCCUAUUAUCUCCUCUGGUGGCCUAUGAUCGCCUGGUCGACGCUCACCCAAGGCUAGCCGAUGCUUGCCGGGUCGCUGCUGGUGGCCUGGUUGACACUCGCUGCGAAGCUCGCUGAUAGUUGCUUAGUUGAUGAUGGCGCGAGGCUCGCGGGAUCUCCAGUAGUCCUGCCCCCUCUCAUUUUUCCUUUCUUUGAGCAAAUACGCGUCUGAGAAAAUGACUUCGCAUUUUCCCAAAGCUCUCCCACCGCACCCAAAGAUCAUUUCAUGUGGAGUUAGCCACCAAGUUUCAAUUUGCACCUUACCAGGAUCGGGGUUUUUCUGGGUAGGUCAACAACGAAGGAAGAACAUAUCCUUGGGACGUUCCAACUCUUGCCGAUUGCUUCUUUGCCUCAAAUUAUAGCAGCGCCAAAAGCGAAUUAAGUUGUCGUUUUGAUUCCUCGCAGCUUCUCCCAUAGCAAAUUUCACCAAGACAACCCACAUCAUGGCCGUAUGCUUCUUUUCUUUCUCUAGAGUCCUUCCAUUUUCAUUCUCGUCGUGCACCUCCAAUCGUAAUUAACAAUCAACACUCGGAAAUACUGAAGUGCUCAAUUAUAGGAUCUAAAGUUAAAACAUAAAUGCUGAAAGCUAAGAACUUUUGUACCUUAUGACCCAAAAAAAAAAAAAAAAAGAACUUUUGUACCUGGAAUACUAAUCGACAACAUCUUUCCCCUAAUGCUCGCAGCAGUCUGACAAUGGAUGCCAACAAAAUUGUGGUAUUCAUCAACAAUGUACUCAGUCUUGUUCAAAAGGUCAGCGGCCUCAGCAGAGUCGGAGUCGAAGCGCAGAUGGAUGCUCUGGAAAUGAAUAUGGAAAUGGUGUCAGCCAUGAAGGCUGACAUAAGUUUCCAACUAGAGCAGGAAGAGAGGAGACCGGGAAAGAAAAGGAAGAGAGAAGUUGACUUGUGGAUGCGAAGAGCAGGAACGCUGGAGGAUCAAGUCCACAACUUAGGACGACAAGUUAGACAGAGGCAUUUCUUUUCUUGUCUCAUGUUGGCGGAUCAGGUGCGUGGCCUUGCGACUGAAGUGGACAAAUUGCACGAGAAGGGCAGAUUUGAUAACGGUCUCACGCUGGAUGUGAAACCGGCCCGAGGCUAUGAACUACGACCAGGGGAAUUAGUGGGACAAGCUUCUCAAACAAAAAGGGAUGAGAUCUGCGGUUGCUUGAUGAACGAAGAGAUGCUCCGAGUGGGUGUUUGGGGACAGGCGGGAGUGGGCAAAACCUUUCUCACGAAGCAUGUACAUGAUCAAAUAGUGCGAGAUUGUCCAAGGUUUGAUGGUGCUUGUUUGGUCACUGUAUCGCGAGAAGCCACUGUUGGUACGAUACAAACUGACAUUGCGAAGUAUCUCAAACUAGAUUUGACUGAGGUGAGCUGUGUUUACUGGGGAGCAAGACUGAAGGAGGCAUUGCAGGGUAGGAAACUCCUCCUUAUCUUGGAUGAUGUUCGGAAAUAUUACUCUUUGGAAGAAGUGGGUCUAGUCCUAGAAAGAAAUGGAUGCAAAUUGAUCGUGACGUCGCGAUCGAGGGAGCUGUGCGAGCAAAUGAAUUGCCACAGGCUUGUCCAUGUAGCAACUCUUGCCGAGGAGAUACGUCAAGGGUUGGAAGAAGAAGUGUAAAAACUAGAAUUAGAGGGGUUGGGGAAGUUGGAAGAGGGAAGGUGGGGGUCUGACGGCGUUGAUGAAUUUGACUGGGAUGUUCGGGGGCAAGAUCAUCUGUGAUUCCAUCGAGCAACUCGGGAUUUGCAAUGUCCCCAAGUUAGAGAGGAUUUUAGAAGCACCUCUCUUCAUCAUUUCCAUUUAACAUAACCCAUGAUAGAAGAAAUUUUGAGUUCUUUUCAUUUCUGUAUCAUUGCAACAUUUUGACAAGCUUGAUGUUUGAACGUGGACCUCAGGACUAAAGGGUUUCUUUCUUCUUUUUUGCCUUUGUUUUCUUUGUGGGGGCUUGGGGGGAUUUGA